AUGCGCCUGUUGCUCAGGCAGCUGGGAACUUUUCGUCCACGAACUCUUUGUGCGCGCCAACAGCCUGGUGUGGAGGCUAUCCGCCCUCUGGUGAACUUGAAUCGAUUCAACCACACACAGCAAGCGGCCGUUUUGCCUAUGACUGACUAUUCUGGUGGAGUUGAGAGACCGAACAAACGAAGGCGCAUCGUGAAUUCGGCUGUACCUGAAGGUGCAAUGGCACAGGGAACUGAAGUGAAGGUGCCACGGGUGCAGCUAAGCUCAGAGGAAGCGCUCCUACGAACGCUGCUACUAGACACUGUGGAAUACGUACGGCUUAAGAAUAACGAUGACCCCAAAGUGUCUGACCUUGUCCUUCGGUUUACUGGGGGCUGGGUACGUGAUAAAGUACUGGGAGUGGGCAGUCAGGAUAUUGAUGUUGGGAUCAGCACCAUGACGGGCUAUGAUUUCGGCCUGGCCCUGAAGGAAUACCUUGAUAUCCCGGAGAAGCUUGAGAAGUACAAGGCUCAUUAUCCAGAGCACGCUCUCAAGGGAGUCAUUGGCGGACUACACAAGAUUGCCGCUAACCCGCAGAAAUCAAAACACCUCGAGACUACCACAAUCCGAGUCUUUGGAUUCGACGUAGACUUGGUUAACCUACGGAAAGAAACCUAUACGGACACUAGUCGGAAUCCACAAGUCGAGUUUGGAACUGCAGAAGAGGACGCCUUUCGUCGUGAUGCUACCAUCAAUGCAUUGUUCUACAACAUACAUACUGGCGAAGUAGAAGAUUUCACCGGUAGGGGGCUGUCUGAUAUGGGAGAUAAACUAAUUCGCACUCCAAUGGAACCGUAUCAAACCUUCAAGGAUGACCCGUUAAGAGUCCUUAGAUUGAUCCGGUUUGCCAGUAGACUCGGAUAUACCAUCGACCCUAAUACUGAGGAAUCAAUGUACAAUGAUGAUAUCAAACAUUCCCUGAGACUAAAAAUAAGCCAAGAGAGAAUUGGUAUUGAGAUCGAGAAGAUGCUUCGCGGCCCUGACCCCUUGGGAUCGUUGGAAAUUAUAAACCGGCUAGGCCUAUAUGACACAAUCUUUUCAGAUCAUCUGAGCGAGAUUGAUGUUGAUACAUCAUCGUGGCCAACGGCGUAUAUUUUGCUGAACAGUAUUUUAGGCGAAGUAGACGAUUCUAAAGUGUCUCUUGAGCUUCUGAAAGCGAUUAAAGGUUUCCUUAUCCGUGAUAAAGAUGAAAAAUAUCGAUCAUGGAUGAUUGCGGCACUUUCUCCUUGGGCGAUGGUUGAUGUCAAACACCCCCUAACUGAAGAAGAGGCUAGAAAAAUGGCCCCUCGCCCAACGAGGGUUGCCCGGGAUGGCCUAAGAUGCGAAAAGAAAUUAACAGUCUUGUUAAGUGUGGCAGUCACCCGUUAUGGGCUGAUAUCUGAUGUCAAAACGGAGUAUGUUAGCGGGAAACUCAAUGACUCUCCAUCUGACGCCCGGUGGAAACUUGCAAAACUUCUCCGAACCCUAGGCCCGGAUUGGAGGCUUUGUUUUGUUCAAGCAAUACUACUGGAUGUUAUGCAAGGGAAAGCUGCUCAACCUGUCUUGGACGAAUACCUAAAGGUGCUGAAGUUCUUGGAAGAGCAAAAUCUCCUUGAAGUGAACAAUCUUAAGCCCCUUGUGAAUGGACGAGAUAUGAUAAAAGCCUUGAACUCGAAAGCGGGAGCGUGGCUGACAACCGCUCUGGACAUUGCCGUGGAAUGGCAAAUUCGGAAUCCGGACCGGACAGAUGCAGCGGGUGCAAUAGAAGAAGCUAUACGGAGAAAAGAUGAGUAUGCGUAG